AUGCGGACCUCAUUAUCUGCUACUAUUUGUCUCAGCCUUCUCCUUCCUGCCGUCCCAACCAUCGGCAACCCUCUCAACGCGGAAAACUCGAACGGUGAAUCCAUCCGCCAUGAUUCCGUGCAACUCCAACCAUUCAAACCUAUCAACACUGCCCACCCUCUCGCCGUACGCUCCCCCGACGGCAUCGGGUGCUCCGAUGAUAACAAGCGAUGUGGCUUGAUGUGCAUUGAUAAGGAUGAAGAAUGCAAUAGCCAUAACAGUGGCUGGGACUGGUGGCGUCGGAGCCUUGAGGACAGUUCCGGUGCUCUUGCCGCUCGCUCGCCUGAUUGGGGUUGCGCCGAGGACAACAAGCGAUGCGGUCUGAUGUGUAUCCCCAAGAACGAGGACUGCAACCCCAAUUACGGGUGUUCCGCCGACAAUAAACGAUGCGGUUGGAUGUGUAUUGACAAGAAUGAAGAAUGCAACAGUGAAACUGGCGGCUGGGACUGGUGGCGGAGGAGUCUUGAGGAGCCUUCCCAUGCUCUUGCCGUGCGCUCGCCUGAUUGGGGAUGCGCCGAGGACAACAAGCGAUGCGGUCUGAUGUGUAUUCCCAAGAACGAGGACUGCAACCCCAAUUACGGGUGUUCCGCCGACAAUAAACGAUGCGGUUGGAUGUGUAUUGACAAGAAUGAAGAAUGCAACAGCGAAACCGGCGGCUGGGACUGGUGGCGGAGGAGUCUUGAGGAGCCUUCCCAGGCUCUUGCCGUGCGCUCGCCUGAUUGGGGAUGUGCGGACGAUAACAAACGAUGUGGAUUGAUGUGUAUUCCCAAGAACGAGGACUGCAACCCCAAUUACGGCUGUUCUAAUGACAACAAGCGAUGUGGCUUGAUGUGUAUCGACAAGGAUCAAGAGUGCAACAGCGAAACUGGUGGCUGGGACUGGUGGCGUAGGAGCCUUGAGAACCAUUCCCCCGCUAUCGCUGCACGAUCGCCUGAUGGGUUUGGAUGCGCCGAUGACAACAAGAGGUGCGGUUGGAUGUGCAUCCCUAAGGAUGAGCAAUGUUGUGGCAACCAAGGCAGCUGCAGUGCGAAUGAAGAGUGCCACAAAAACGAUAACGGAGACUAUGGCUGCUGCGCCAAGGGUGAGACUUGCACAAAUACCAAUGGUACAUGGCUUAAUGGAGUCAGGCAAGUUGGCAAUGAUAUCAAAGAUGGUGUGAAGAGUGUCGUGGAUGGUGGAGCUGCUGAUUUGAGGCCCGAGAUGGUUGCUGUCGGGACGUUGACUUCCCUGUUUGCUGUCGCCAUGAUGCUUUAG